AUGAAGGACCGCAUGCAAGAACUUCGACAUGGAAAGGAGACAACUGAGGAGGAGGACGACGUCACUGUUGGGAUGGACAAAGGAUUCAUGGAUGAAUUCUUUGAGCAGGUAGAGGAAAUCCGAGGUUUCAUUGAAUCCCUGGCGGAGAAGGUUGAGGAGGUGAAGAGGAAACACAGUGCAAUCCUUGCAUCACCAAACCCCGAUGAGAAAACAAAGGUUGAACUGGAGGAUCUUAUGGCAGACAUCAAGAAACUGGCCAACAAGGUGCGCUCCAAAUUAAAGAGCAUUCAGCACACUAUCGAGCAGGAAGAAAGUCAAAACAGGUCGUCGGCCGAUUUGAGGAUACGCAAGACACAGCACUCCACAUUGUCUCGCAAAUUUGUGGAGGUGAUGUCCGAGUACAACACCACACAGUCGGACUACAGGGAGCGUUGCAAAGGUCGCAUUCAAAGGCAGCUGGAGAUUACUGGAAGAAAUACGACAAACGAGGAGCUGGAAAGCAUGCUGGAAAGUGACAAUCCUGCUAUUUUUACGUCAGGGAUCAUUAUGGACAACAUCACCGAGCAGGCCAUGAACGAGAUUGAAACGCGGCACAAUGAGAUCAUCAAGCUGGAGAACAGUAUCCGCGAGCUUCAUGACAUGUUCAUGGACAUGGCCAUGUUGGUGGAGAGCCAGGGAGAGAUGAUAGACCGCAUAGAGUACAAUGUGGAACACUCGGUAGACUAUGUGGAGAGGGCUGUUUCAGACACUAAGAAAGCAGUUAAAUACCAGAGUAAAGCUCGGAGGAAGAUGAUCCUGAUAGGAGGUUGUAUUGCUGCUUGUUUGAGCGUCCUCAUAAUUUGUCUGGCAGUUGGCCUGAGUUAG